AUGAUAAGGUUAAUUCAAUCUGUUGUUCCUCACAUGGCAUCCAAGAAGAAAGGGAAAAUCGUAAAUGUUGGAAGUUGCAUUGCUUUGGAUCUGGGACCAUGGUCAGGUGCUUAUAGUGCAUCCAAAGUUGUACACUCAUUUACUGAUACCUUAAGAGUUGUCAAUAAAUCCUCUUAUGAAGUAGUUAUGUUGAACACAUUGUUGGCCAGGUUGCAACUUACAAGUCAUAUGGCUGAAGAUAGGAAGCCAAGGUCCAGAAAGCAGCAGGUCGGGUUAAGGAUUGAAGAAGUUGUACAGCAUCUUGAACACCAUAGCCCACUAUGA